AUGAUCCAACUGCUUCAGGGCCAAAAAAGCCGCGCUUAUCGCCCAGCAAUUACAUCUGUACCCAGUGGCGACUUCUCUGGCAUCACCACAAAUCGGGCUGAUUACGACCAGAAAAAGGCAAUGCGCAGUUCGCCCAUUCGCCCCUCGUCGUCGAAUCUUCUUCUUGAUGGUCCUAUGGAUGCGCUUACCAUUACACAAGCCGAUUAUCAAGGAAGACGUGGAGAAAAGGUGAUUGCAGUAAGGCCUAGAAGUAACGAAAUCGAACAUGGACGGCCAUUCGAAGGACAUUCCACAUACCAAGACGGUUAUGUUCCAAAGGAGGCGACUCGUCAACGGUCGAUGCGUCCUAAAGAGACGAAUUAUGCAUCGACUGACGCGUUUGCUGGAAAGACCACACAGAGAACGGAUUUCACCAAGAAGAAGGUGGACAUUUGUCCAGCCGAGAAGGUGUUGAGCAGAAGAGAUCGUACGUACGAGUUUUCGAAUACUCGCAAUGGUCACGACUUCUACCACCAUCGAAUUACGCACGCAUCGCGCUCGAAUUCUGCGCUCGUUCCAGUUGCAUGA